UCCCCGACGACCCCCCCUGUCACCGCCACCCAUUUUCGGCUGGAAAUCCGGCAAAGCUUGGGGAUUCUCCCUAUUUUCUUGUUCUAGAACGCCUAUUAAACCCAGAAAAUCCCAGAUCUGUUCUGCGUCUCCCUCCCUCUGCUGUCCGUCGGCUUCAGCAUGUGGGUUUGAAUUUCUAGGCCUUUUUCGCCGUGAGUUCCCCUGCAGAAUUUCUUCUUCUCUGCCGCCGGCUUCUCCCCCCCUGCUAGGCUCGGUUUUGCUUGCUAAAUUCUGGUUCCUGAUCGUUCUGUCAGUUUAGCACUGAGAUCGAGUCUUCGGUUUUAUGCGAGUGAGGAAGUGAAACCAAGUACGGGGAAAUCAAGGGGAGUGACGAGUUAGAAGGCUAGCCAUUUCGAGAUUGACAUAGAUUUAGAAAUAAGUCAUGAUCCUGUAAGCUAGAGUGUAUUUGGAGAUUUUAUGAUAUCAGAACAGAUUGUAAAAAUUUGAUCUUGAGAUUUUGUGGUAUCAGAUUAUGAAUUGGAUAAGUUUUGAGUCUUGUGCAUUCGUGGGACUCGUCUCACGAGUGCACGGCGUUUGUCGCGUCUCCGGAUUUGGGUUCUGGGGCGUGACAAAAAUACAACUAGCCUUCUAGCUUGUCACUCCCCUUGGUUUCUCGCGUCUCGGGUCACACUACCCGAAAUGGUGGAUAAGGAAAAACUGGUGAGACAACUCAGUGAGUAAAAUAUGGAUAGCCCUCACUAAAAUUUUUAAGCAUGCCGAGUAAACAUUUUAAUUUCAAACAGAAAGAAAAUCCCAGUUAUAAACCAAUCAUUUAUGCAUGCUGGAAUCUAUUUAAUGGUCCUCUCAAUUAGUCAUGGCCAACGUAUUCUCCCAACUGGCUGGAUAACAAAAAUACCAAUGUGCUCUCCCACUAGCUGGAUAGCAGAAAAUGCCAAUGUACUCUCCCACUGGUUGGAUGAACUGAUUCUACAGAAAUACAUGUUGACAUGUGCUAGUGUUUAACUCCCACUAGCAGGAUAACAUAAUUCAU